AUGAAGUUCAGGAACCACUUUGAAGAGCACAUCACUGUGUUGCUCGCAGUACAGUCUCAAAAUGAAAAACAGAUCCUUGAGCUACACAAUGAAAUACGGAGAUCUGUAAUUCCCACAGCCAGGAACAUGCUGAAGAUGGUGUGGAGUGAGAAAACUGCCAAAAAUGCUCAGAAAUGGGCAAAUCAGUGUGGGAUGAAAAUCAGUCCAAGAGACAGGAGAGUUAUUAAUGGUGUCACCUGUGGUGAGAAUGUGUUACUGUCAUCCUACCCAAGGACAUGGGCUGAUGCAAUUCAAGUGUGGUACAGUCAGUCCUCCAAUUUCAAGUAUGGAUAUGGACCAAUUUCAAAAAAUAUCAAUGUUCAGAGCUACACUCAGCUAAUCUGGUACAACAGUUACAAGGUGGGGUGUGGAGUUUCCUACUGUCCCACAGGCCCCUACAAGUACUUUUACGUUUGCCAAUACUGCCCUGCAGGAAAUAACCCAAUGCAAAUAGCUAUGCCUUACAGAAGUGGACCAAAAUGUGCUGACUGUCCUGGCCACUGUGACAAAGGACUUUGCACCAACCCUUGCAAGUAUCAAGACCUCCUUGGAAACUGCAAAAAUCUGAAAAUGUUGUUUGGCUGUAGCCACUCACUGGUGAAAAAGAAGUGUCCUGCAAGCUGUAAAUGCACCACUGAAAUAAUCUAA